AUUCGGGGCUCCAGCCGCUGUUGGCGCCUCUGCCCCUCCCGCGGCACUGAUGGCCGCCGUGUCGGUGGCGGUGGCGGCGCUGCGGGUCUACGCGGCGGGUCUGCGGCUUCUCUUCCUGCAGCUUCUCCCCCGCAACCGGAGCCCGGGCUCCGCAGCUUAUCCACCACAAAAUGGGAAAGUUGCCAUAGUGACUGGAGGUGCCAAAGGGAUCGGUUAUGAGACUGCCAAGCAGCUAUCGAGGCUGGGAAUGCGUGUGAUAAUAGCUGUCAACGACGAAAGGAGCGGCCAGGAAUCCGUGAAGAGGAUCGUGCAGGAGACUGGGAAUCAGAAAGUGGAAUGUAUGGGCCUUGAUCUGGCUUCUCUGCGAUCCGUCAGGCAGUUUGUUCAGCGUUUCAAGGCAAAGAAUCUUCCUCUUCACGUCUUGGUGAAUAAUGCGGCUGUGAUGCUGGUACCUCAGAGCAGUACAGAGGAUGGCUUUGAAGAGCACUUUGGUGUGAACUACCUUGGGCACUUUCUGUUGACGUAUCUGCUGCUGGACAUACUCAGGCAGUCUGGCAAGGAGGACUGCAACGCUCGAGUUGUCACUCUCUCUUCCACCACACAUUACGUCGGGGAGCUCAAUCUGAACGACUUGCAGAGCAGGUCCUGUUACUCACCCCAUGGAGCCUACGCCCAGAGCAAGCUUGCCCUUGUCCUCUUCACGUACCAACUGCAGCAACACCUCACAGCCGAGAGGAGCCACAUCACAGCUAAUGCAGUGGACCCAGGAAUCGUGAACACUGACCUGUACCGGCACACCAACUGGCUCUUCAAGCUGUGCAAGUGGUUAUCUGCUUGGCUGCUCUUCAAGACUCCAGCCCAGGGAGCUACCACAGUGGUCCACGCAGCCCUCGCCCCCGAGCUGGAGGGAGUGGGGAGUUGCUAUCUCGCUAACGGACAGAAGACCAACUCCUCUGACGUGUCGUACGACGCAGAGCUCCAAAGCCAACUCUGGACACUGAGCUGUAAACUACUCAGUAUUCCUGGGACAGGCGGCCUCACCUCCCAAACAUCGGAAUCCAUCCAUCCCACAUGAGGUCCAGCUGGAUUGGGGUUCCCUAUUAUAGGCUCAGAAGCACUCAGUAUCACACACAAACACAACCACACACACAACCACACACACACACACACAAACACACGACAAACACACAUACAGCUACACACACACACAACCACAGGAUAAUUGGAAUGAGUGAAGUGAUUUAAUGGUCUGUUGGUGUGAAUUGGAAAAUUGUAUGUGUGCGCUGUGUUUGACAGGCUCUGGGUUGCCUUGUUUAUCAGGUGUUGAAAGGAGAAGGAGUCAAGGAUUUUUAAAUAAAUAUAUAAAUAAUAUGUGGACAAUCGCAGCCAACCGAACGCAUUUGAGGUCUGAGGCUUUUAAAAUACUGACUCACGCACAUGCACACACGUACCACGUCUGAGGCACUAAAGCACUAAAUCGCUGUAGAGGAAUCCUGUAGCUCAGGGGUUAGAGCGCUCGCCUCACAAGUGAGAGACCUGGGUUCGAUUCCCGGGCAGGGCGAGACCUCAGGCAACUUUCUAUACUCCACACUCCCCUGUUUACCAGCAGUAAGUAGGAACCCGGUUGUUAGUCAAUUGACGGAUUGCUUUUCCCUUCAAAAGAAAACAAAUUGAUAACUCAAUCCACGACUGAUUGUGGGACGCUGGUGUGCACAAUUGGAUGCUGUGUUUCGCCCACAAAAUAUACAGUCAAUUUACUUUACAGAAUAUUCUGUGAAGCGCUUUGAGACAUCUCAAUGACUUAAUAAGGCACUGUAUGAAAUGCACAGAUUAUAAUAAUUAAAAAUUGUUACAAGAAC